AUGUCGUCGUCAGAAUCAGAACACUUUCACUCGUCAGGAAGCGAAUAUAUACCGAGUGAAGAGGACAGACCUGGGCCCAGUGGGAUUAAUAACAGUUUUUUAUUGGACUCUAAAUCAAAAACCAAAAAGAUCGUGAAAAAGAGAAGUAAAGAUACUCCUCCUAAAAAAGGAAAAAAACGCACUCGCUGCCCAGAACAAUGGCAAAGAAAUAUAAGAAAAAGUAUGAAAGCAAAAGGAGAAAUAUAUACGUCUGCCAAAGGAACUGAAGUACCAGCAAGAACUAUUGGAGAAAAAUGUAAAUGCAGAUUGAAAUGUUUCGAGCUCAUUGGUGAUGAUACAAUUCGAAGGGUUUUCAAAGAAUUUAAUAAAAUUGGCGAUAAGCAGAAGCAAGAUAUUUACUUGGCUGGAUUGAUUAUUCCUCAUAAUGUUGCUAGAAAACGAAGCAGGGCUGAAACGGUAAAAGAAAAAAAAAUUUCUUUUAAAUAUAAAAAAAAUAUUAAUUAUGUUGAAUGCAGCCGUUCUUCAUCACUUCCAAUGUUUACAAGAUUUUACAUCCAAAAAGAAAAUGUGCCAUUGUCUCUUCCAAAUUCACGAAUGAUACAACCCUAUCCUUUGCCUCUGAAGGAGAAAAAAGUUGCUGAUGUUAAACUUCUAUCAUGCAAAUACGUACCAGCUGCCGAUCUCUGGUUUUAUCGAAUGAUCUUUGGAGAAACCGAAAAUAAUGAAGUUAUGAAAGAGGUUAACAAUGCAGCUGAAGAUGUUUAUGACUCGGAUUCUUCAUUUAUGUAA